UGUGACAAGCUAAUCUGAUCUAAGCUAUGAACUUGCUAAGCUGGUCAUUCUGAAGCCCAGGCGCUAGGAGGCGUGUCGAUCAAGGGUGUUUAGUUUUGUAAAACGCUAAUAUGCGCUCGGGCCUAUAGCCGCCCCCUGACAAUAGUAGCCGGUUGUUCAUAGUGAUGUUGAUAGUGCCCAGUGGUUAGCUCUUAUGUCCACAUAUACUACACUGCCGUUUCAAUGGUGGAUCUACUGGUCAGAAGGAGACGAAGGCGAAGCAGGCGGUAGAGAGAGAGAAAGGAAAGGAAAGACAGGGAGGUUAACCAGAGAUUAUCUCCGGUUGGCUACCCUCUACUGGGCGGAGGGGCAAGGGGAUGCAAUAGGUGAGAAAGAAAGAAGGAUAAAAAAAGAAAAAAAAACUAAGCACACGCAAGCAGGCGGUAGCGGCACGAAGAGAUUAUUGACCUCUUAUAAAAAUUUUACCGUCUCAAACUGGUAAUCUUCUUGUAAUAUCCAGCUAAUUUAACCACCAGAUUCAUGGCCGAUCCCCCACUGUGGGUAUGCGCCACAACCACUCAGGUUAACAACAACGACAUAUUACCUUUCUUCCUAUGGGUAAAAAACAUAUCACCUAGUAAGAGACAGAAGUUCGCGAAAAUCUUCAAGGUAUUCACGAUGUCCGACCCAAGGGCAAGGGGCGAUUACCCUUUUAUUUUGCUGAGCCGUGAACGCGAAGGGCCGGAGAAAGGCAAAAGCCAGGUGGAAGCGGACCUCCGCAAGCCAAAGUGGGACUUGAUCCAGUUGCAGCCCUUCGACAAGAACAUCUACCGGGAGCACCCAACCACGGCAAGUCGGUCUGCCCACGAUGUGGACGACUAUCGGCGCGUUAACCGCAUAACGGUCAAAGGGUGCGGAGCGGCCAAGCCAAUCCUGGGCUUCGAAGAGGUGUCGUUUCCCGACUACAUCAUUGACGCUCUCCGGGACAAGCGGAACAGCGGUUCGCCCAGCUGCAUCGAGGCCCAGUGCUGGCCCAUUGUUCUCGGUGGUCGAGACUUUUUGGGCGUCGUUCAGGCGGGGUCGCGCAAGACGCUCGCCUACGUCCUUCCCGCCGUCAUGCACGCAUUAAGCGUCCAACGGCCCCGGCAAUACGGCGACCACCCCAUUGUCGUCGUGCUGGCACCCUCGCGGGAGCUGGUCCAGCAGAUCCACCGCAUGCUCGGCGACUUCGGACAGUUAUCGGGACUGCGUAGCGUUUGCGUCCACAGCGGCGUACGGAAGGACACCCAGCACACCGAGCUCGCUGGGGGCUGUGACGUGUGCGUCGCGAUGCCCGGCCGCCUCCUGGAGUUCAUUAAGGAAAGGAGGGUGAACCUGCAUGGGUGCACUUUCUUGGCCAUCGACGAGGCGGACCGGAUGGUGACCAUGGGGCUAGAGUUGCAGGUGCUCAAGAUCGCCGAGCAAAUCCGGCCGGACCGCCAGACGGUGAUGUGGACGGGCUCCUGGCCCGAGGGCAUGCGGCCAUUCGUCGAGUCGCUGCUCGAGGAGUACGUCCAGGUGACCUUCGGCUCCGCGCAGCCACGCGUCAGCCGAGACGCAAGACAGACCGUCUACGUCGUGAACGAGCCCGAGAAAGAGCGCAUGCUCACGGAGCUCCUCGACGACUUGCUCAAGGACAACGGCGACAGGGCGAUAGUGUUAGUGAGGACGCAGGGCGCGGUGCACGAGCUGACGUGGAAGUUGCGCCAGAACGACUGGCGGCCCGUCGGCUUUCGCCGCGGUAUGGCAGAAGAGCAACGCCAGUGGGCGCUAAGCUCGUUUCAUUCCGGAAGCUCUCGCGUCCUGGUGUCCACCCACGGGUCCGGGCGGGACCUGGCCAUCGAGGACGUGCGAUCUGUGGUCAACUUCGACUUCCCGGAGAGCUUGCACGACUACACACUGUGCGUCAACCAUCUGGUGAGCGCCGCCGAUGGUGGCGAAGUGUACACUUUCUUCACGCCUAACGACAGACGCCACGCCGACGACCUCGUUGCCACACUGCGGGAUGCCAAGCAGAUGGUGAGACCCUCUCUCUUGAAGCUCUCGAAGGAGUCUGGUGCCCGCGGAAGGCGCGGUCGCAGAGCCAAGCGGUGACAGCGAUCGACACACUGGCAGCUUCAAUUACGUUCAGGCGUCGAUGUGGUCCUCGCCUCUUCAUGCUUUCGGAGAAGCUUGUGCUGGAAUAUACUGCACCGGAUUAUCUGGCUUCGUGGUCAGUAUAGAAAAAAAGACAGUUCUCGCUACUCUACUAAAAUUCACAACUUCCAAAAUUAAAAGUGCACUACCAAAUACA